ACAGACUACAAUGUUAAUCUAAAGUGGAUAUGAAUAUGGCGACGAGCUGUAUGAGGCCGGCGAAAAAAAAUAAUUGAUGCCUAUUUUGGAUUUAACGUGGAUUACAUGUGCACAUGCUAAAUUUAAGGUUUAAUCAAGUACAAAUUUCAGAGUAGGUGUGAAAAGAAUUCAACCAUCAUGCCAAACCGCCACUGAACCAAUGCAGUUUACAGGGGUGUCUGGAAUUUCAUCCUCCACAAGCCUGCCAAGCAAGCAAGCCAGCCAGUAUAAAAACUUCGUACUAGAGCACUGAGCAUAUACAGUAAACCAUGAUGGCCUCCAGCUGUAUCAUAUUAGUGGUGGCGUCGUCGCUGGUGCUGUUUGCACGGCCGAGUGAUGGAGAGAUGACGUACGGGGAAUCUCAGAUGUACAGUUAUAGUAAAGAUGCGGAGGAUGGGACGUUGGAUGCGCAUGUGCAGAACUGGGCAACACUUGUACAGAAUUAUAUUCUCCAUCUUACAAGUGAAGGUUUACAGUCUCACCACACCCAGCAUUUCUUUGAUACAGCAAACUACACGUUACAAGAGAAAAAUGGCAAUGAGACCGUCAAAAGGGUCAAAGACCUUUUAGGGGAGUACUUCGUGAGGAAGGAGAGGACAGCUAGAAAAAUCGUUCAGAAAGUUGUUGACCUGUAUGACAGCUUCAUGAAUUCAACCAAUGAGAAUUUUAAUUUCACCAAGCUCUCUCAGCUUAACUACAGUAUGUACAGAGAUGCAGAUAUCUCAGACUCGCUUCCAGAGGACAUUGCCUUUAAUUCGUAUUUCAAACAGCCAGUUAGUUAUUCUUCUAGCAUCGUAAAGAUAUCUGACAGUGUGAACAGAGCUGAUAAGGGCGUGAUCAAGAGUACGUACUUCACAAGUGGGUUGGAAGAAAUCUUCAAAGAGAACCAUGAAGAAGACAAUUUACUGAGAUGGCAAUAUUUUGGUUCAGUAGAGGGUCUGGUGAGGCUGUACCCAGGCCGAGAGUGGGACACCAAUUUUGUAGGGUUCUACAACGACUACGACCCUAGAGUGAGACCAUGGUAUAUAGCAGCCACCAGCGGACCGAAGGAUGUUGUCAUUGUACUAGACUGCAGCUACUCUAUGAAAGGAGAAAAGUUCAAGAUUGCCACCGAGGUAGUUAAGACUGUUCUUGAUACGCUGACCAAACAGGAUUAUGUCAACAUCAUCUGUGCUCGGGCUAGUCACUGGGAUGGAGAAGGAAAGUGGUAUUAUUACAGAACCGAAGUCCAGAGCUGUAAGAAUGACACGCUGGUCCCUGCCACCACAGCUCAUCGUAAAGACUUGUAUUCAAAGACUAUUAAUCUUGUCCCUGGUGGGACCAGCGAACUCAAACAUGGUUUUCAGAAAGCCUUUCAGCUGCUUGGUAGUCGAUCACGAACAGGAUGUCAAGCUCUCAUUAUCUUGGUGACUGAUGGGAAGGAUACGGACGGAGAACACGUCAGAUGUGGGCCAGGUUACUACACCCGAAGUGGUUUUGUACCAGGACCUAUCUGCAAGUACCAAUGGGAGAAAGUCUGGGACGAGGUUGCUAUGGACAACAAUAAAGCUAACCCUAGAGCACGAAUCUUUAGCUACCUUACCAAAGACGAUGGGGAGGAGUUUCCAGGGAAGCUGGCGUGCGAUCACCGUGGCAACAUGAGGAAGCUGGAGAACGGGGAGGACCUCAUCUCCCAGAUGGAAGACUAUUUCAAGUUCCUGUCCAACAACUCCCUGAAUACAGAUGGGCUCUGGACAGCACCUUACCUAGACUCCUGGGGGCUGGGCUUAAUGGUGACCAUUGCCAUUCCUGCAAUCAGUCAAGUUACCGGAAGUGUCAUUGGGGUCGUUGGUAUCGAUGCUACACUAGAUGAGAUUGAAAACUUGAUCGUCAACGAGCAAUGGGGAUCCGUUUAUGCUUUCUUGAUCGACAACGAAGGUCAGACCAUCUUCCAUCCGUUGCUCAAACCAAGCAAAGCGCUGGUGGACGACCCUAUCUUCAUUAACAUUGCCAAGCUAGAACAACCCGAGGGAAAGCCAGAGUCUUUUAGUAUCAUUGAGAAAGAGAUGAGAAGAGGAAUGAGUGGCUUUCUUUACAUUCCUGAUGCUAUCAGGGGAAUCCCCAAGGGUGAUUUCGCAGAUGGAGUGAAGACUUUGCAGCAGCCAGCAACAUAUUACUACACCUCUCUAAACCAAUCCGUCUAUUCUUUUGCCUUCAAUCUUGCCGAUACAGAUAAGAGUUUCAGACGUCUAGAAGAGCCCCCUGAUCGAGAGCGAUACAACAAAAGCUACUUCAACCUUCUCAUUGAAUACAACAGCACACUGGCAAGGAAAGAAUUACCAGGAGCGUUUGAAGAAAUCGAGGUGUACUACGAUGAACCUAAAUACCCCCAUUUACGAGUGUCCUACAAAUACUCUUCAAUCCGCUUCGCUCCAAAGUGCUACUGCAACCCCAACGCUUUCCUCUUUGAUGACGAUCUCGCCACCAAGACGGUCAGGGCUCACAAGUUUUAUAACGGUAACGACACCGACGUCGGUUGCAGUCAUCCUGAUGGUGUUUUUGAACAGAAUACCAGAGCUGAUGUAUUGAUCACGUCUCAAAUCGAACCCAUAUGGAGAAAUCGAACAUCACCCCUUCUGAGAGAUGUCAAGUGGACCUAUAUAGGGUGCCGCAGUGGAGUGUUUCGAACGUACCCAGGUCAUAGGUCACGCAGACCAUAUGACCCUACAAAACGGCCCUGGUUUCACAAGGUGAUUGUGAACCCCGAUAAGACUACCAUCUCCACAGCUUACAUGGACGCAGCGGGAGUCGGGAAGAUCAUCAGCCUCUCACAGGCAGUCUUUGAAGGCAUGGAGAACAAGACGAGGGAGUCUUGUGAGAAACUGACCGGGAAGCUGCCCGGAGGAUGCGAGUGUCAGACUAAUAAAGACUGCUUCUCAGGGAAGUGCUACAAGAGCGAGGCAAUAGGGUACACCAAGAACACCCGUUGCGCCUCUGAGAGGGUGGAAGCGGUUACCUCUUUGGACAUCCUCUACAAUGACUUCCACAAGAAUGUAUACAGUAUCAUGCAUGAUAAUGACAUGCCCUUUUCAUGCGGAGACUACUACCGGUGUCCUAACGGGGAACCAGGUUGCCAAACAAGAUGUUACCUGUUUGAUAACUUUGCCAUGCUUAUCACUGACCCGAUCUUCCUGAACAUCAGUGAUCUUGAUACUGGUAAAUACAACCGCGUCCCGCUUGGCAAGAAAGAGGGCGAAAUCAUGCAUGAUCUUAUCUAUCGUCAUAGCUUUUUCCAGCGUAAGGAACAGAUCGACUUCCAGGGAAGCUGCAGUGUUUCACCCGGUGCCCCAAGGGUCUCUCUGGAUGGUAUACCGAAGACACCUGAAGACCUUGAUGAUUUCUAUCGCUAUCGAGGUCCAAUCCCAUCAUUCUCAAACUCUGGUGGUUGCAUUCAAGAUGUGGUUGGCUACCAGGCAAACUCAUCAGCUCUGGGUUCAACCGGUUUACUCACCGGUAACAUCUCCGGUCCGUGCAAAUCUGGUUUCUACUAUCUGACAGCUCUACCCAAAACCAAUCUCUUUCUGCUUGUCGUUCAGAACUGGAAAGAUUCUAAAGAAAGCCUUUUCUUCAAUUUCAACUGCAGAAUCACAAACAAGGUUUCUGCAACUGGAGCCUUCAGGAUCAUCAACGGAACCUGUGACCACACCGACGACAAGAUUUCGCUUGUCAUGCAAAACAAAUGCCCCAUCAUUAGAAACGUCAACAUCCCGUGCAAGUAUAAUUCUGCUCCACCGGACCGCAUCCACACCGCAUCCGGGCUCGUCCUCCUCCUGGCCUCCCUCCAAAUUUUCCUCUGUUUUCUCCAGACAGCUGUAGGAUGAGGCUGGAGGGCUGCCUUGAUAGAGGGCUUGGUGUCUUUUUGGUGUAGAAGUACUAGUACUAGUAUAAAACUCAGCGGGCCUAAUUUAGACCUUGUAUACUUGUUCUUUUACACUUUGUUUAAUGAAAAUAUGGUUCAUAGAUAGCUCAUCUAACCCAUUUAAAUCAGGGGCGGAUCCAGGAUUUUCCGAAAGGGGAUCGAGGCACAUUUUCCCUACUAAAAUUUGACAAGCGAAAAAAAUAUCUCUUUAUUUUAAUUAAAAAAUGAAGGUGGAUUUGUCCCAUGUUAAAUUUGACAAGAAAAAAAAAAGUUCUCACCUGUAUAUGACUGUCAAGGGGGAGGGGGCAUGGACCGGAUUGCUCCCCCCCCCCCCCCCCCCCACUCUAGAUCUGCCACUGAUUUCAAGUAAUUGGUGGUAGACCAAGUGGAAUUUAGACAAAGUUGGUGUAGCCUUACAGGAACUAAGACAAAGUAGGAAAUGGACUAAAUGGCAGUUUGACCAAAUGGUUUGUAGAUAAAGUAGGAUUAGACCAAAGAUAGUAGGGGCAGCAGGUGUAGACCAAGUGGCAAUUGCCAUUACAGGGUUCCCACAGUCAUGGAAAAUCCUAGAAAUUCCUGGAAAAAUUGGUGGUCAUAGAAAGUCAGGGAAUUUUGAAGAUUUGUGAAAAGUCAUGGAAUUGCAUUUACCUCUUGACUAUGGCAGCUCUCAUAAUCUGUGAUCAUACUCUGCUAUUAUAAUUGGUGUUCAUGAUUUCCAUUUUGCCCAGUUUUGUAACAUCCUAAAUUCUGCAUAACUCAUCCCGGGACGUCACGGGAAGUCAUGGAAAGCAGCAAUUUAGUCAUGUAAAAGUCAUGGAAAAGUCAUGGAAUUCUGUUUUCAAAUUUCUGUGGGAACCCUGCAUUAGGAGUGGGUAGAUCAUUGAGCUUGCUGUUGUGAUAUUUCAGGAUUAUUCAUCAGUUUGAUAAUAAGUUCCAUCUCCACGGGCUACUAUAUAUUUAGUCCACUUUUGAUUAAAAUUAAGCUGUUAAGGCAUUGAAACAUAUCGGUUGGUAUCCUCAUAAGUAAACCUAGUAAAGUAAAGACGAAAUUGGAUGCUACGUUUCAUCUUUCAUAUUCAAACUAUUCAUGAUGAGUAUACCAAAGAUUUAAAUGGAAGUUAUUUAAUAUUACUAUUUCUCCUUGUUUCAUAUUUCCAAUUCAAAAUUACACUUAUAUUAAUUUUUCACCCCAGGACUGAAAUAAUCUGUACUUAAUAAAUUAGUCAACAAUGUGUUCUCCAUAAUAGUGCAAUGAUAUGAGCUUAAGUGUGUAAUAUUAUAAUGAUCCAAUUUGUACAAUUAUGAACUUGCUAUAUUAAGAAAUCUUUCAAAACAUGGGCCUUGCAAUAUCAAUAUUCAUACAGAUAUAUGUGCAAAAUUUAAUUAAAGCAAUGCUUUUUCCCCUCUGAAAUGAAUGUAUAUUGCAAUAUUGUGUAAAACUUCAAAACUAUGGAUUGAUAUGUAGAGUGCGUUUUGAAUUUGUCAUUAAAUGUAUUUAUUAUUAUUUAUUGGGUAUCUUGAAAAUUAACUGCAAAUACGUUUCUUUGUUCACAGAAUUGUCUUUAUUUCUUUAGAUUAGAGAGGAGAUAGUGGUAUGGCGAUGAUAUCAAGUUUAGGACUUGAAAAUGGAAUCCAUUUCAUGGGUUGCUAUGAAACGGAGCUAUUAUUAUUUUGGAUAAGUGGCCAAAUAACUUAUAAAGUACAAUUUACAGUAAGUAUUGGCGAUCCAAAGAUACAUUGAUGAGGUGUCGUGUGCAUCUCUACACCACAUCAACUAUGCAGACUGAAGCCACAGAUAUUUUAAGAUUUUAUCUUCAUAUUUGGAUUCCAUGAAACUCAUCCUCUUUGUAUAUGUCCAAGCCCCACGAGCUUAUAAAAACAAGAGGUGAAUCAUGAUUAGAAAUUUUGUGAAGGUCCUACUUAUCAGGGGCAAGACCUUCAUAUUUCAUGGAAUUGCCCUUCAAAAGUUAUAAAAUGUACUUAUGAAAUUUCAUUCAGACAUGUGCAAUGCGUCUUUGUUAUUUUAAAUUCGUCUGUUGUCCGUCCACAAAUAUGAAACUACUUUUAACUUUGUUGUUUCUUGUCCAAUUUGAGUUGUCAAUCCCGUUGAGUUGAAUCAUUGACAUCUAUUAACCUGCUUUAGAGGGGAGGUUAACCCUGACAAAAAGUUUAAAAAUUGAGAUUUAUGCAUUUUGUUUUACAUAACAUGGGACAGCCGCUUGUGUGUGAUGUCACAAAUCAAAAACUUUAAAUCCUAAUAAGUGACUUUUUUAAUCUAUGAUGGAUUUUCCUCAAACCUCUACCAAUAUUUUCUUAUUAUUUUUCUGGUAUUUUCACAUCAAUCUCUUCUUCAGGGUGAGCUUCCUCUUUAAUAGGGCAACGUCAUGCCAGAGUUAGGGAGAUAAUUACUUUACCAUAUGAGGCUAGGAAACGAAUACUCAUAGCACUUCCAUUACUUGUAUGUGGGUAAUUCCAUCCAAAUGGGUCCUCAAAUUAUAAGAUGUAACCAAGUUAUCAAAUUAUUCUAUUUUACAGUGAAUAACUUUGCAGAUGUGGCUAACUUUGGAUGUGUCGAUCUGAGGAAGCUCUCCUACCCUUGAAAAAAUUUAUGGUUUAUCUUCAAAUUCUAUUCAGGACUUUUUUUUUGUUAAUAGUUCAAAUUAAGGUGUGUUUUUUUUGUUACUUGAACAUCACAUUCAUAUACUGUAUCAUUUGCAGUAGACUCCCAGGUCUGGCGCCCAGGUGUUUCAUAAAGCUGUUCGUAAAGUUGCACACGACUUUACUCAUGACUAGAACAUGUUCUUAGGUCAUAAAUCAAUUAUAUUGGGAUAUCACAUAGCACAAGAAAGGAUCACCAGUCGUGCGUAAAGUAGUUCAUAUAUUACGACCGCUUUAUGAAACACCCACCAGGGGGGUGUUUCACAAAGAUUUAAGUAAUGACUUAAAGUCGCACUUAAAUACCGAGUUGCGUACGGUAUGAAAGGCUUGACUGCAUUGGUCAGAUCGUGUCGUGAGGACGCGCACUACUGCGUAUCUAUCAAUAAGAUCGCGCGUUGCAUAUCAAGUACGCGUCGGCAUUUAAGUGCGACUUAAGUCGUAGUUAAAUCUUUGUGAAACACCCCCCAGGUCUGUAGUUGCAACAAAGUCGGACACCAAUCUUUUGCUGAAGUGAUCAUCGGAAAAUAUUUGCCUCGUUUAAGUAAGACACAGUUUUUUUUUAGUUCUGGUAUGCCACAAAUGGUGACACGACACUUGCUCCUGUCUAAAUAUCUAAGAGGGCAUGUGGUUAGUUAGGAUUGUAAUAGAGUUUUUUAUUUUAUGUUUGGCUGAACAUGCAGAUUUCUCACCGGAGCAAUUGUAACCAGAGCAAAUGUCAUGGAACCGUUUUCAAUGCUCUAAACAAAGUCUGCAUGGGGUCAGCAAAUAAAAACCCAUUUCCCGUGAAAGCCGACACCCACAUGACGUUAAAUAUCACUAUUCAUCAUUCUGUACCAUUAGCCCCUUAGCAUCUGAGGUAACAACCUCUGUUUGCAGUUUUAAUUGUAAAUAUGAAAAUAGUUCUGUGUUAUUC